AUGAAAAUUAGGAGCGGAACCGAGACUCACGAGGAUAACGCCACCGCGCGCGGUCACAAGAGACAGUCAAGCAAGACGGACUCUGCGUCUGCGCCGGAGCCAAGGACCAAACAUGCCAAGGCGAAGGGACAGAAACCAACGCUGGCGGAGAAGGACCUCGAGUUCGACUUCGACCACUCUCAGAUCCGGGAUUCGCGAGCAACGCCGGGUCGCGUCAAGCGUUCCCGGUAUGAGGAGCGCGAACCAAGUGAGGAGUUUCUCUCCAAGCUCCACAUCCCCAAGCAUAGAAACAAGCACACGGACCCGUUGUAUUCAUUCUACGAUCUUCAUCGAUGUCACCGUGAGGGUCCAGAUGGGUCCCCGACCUACGAUAGCGCGGGCUUUCAGCUCGACUACGAGAAAGUUGCCAAGUGGAUGAAGCCAGUGGCUUACAACAAGAAAUCAAUGGUCAAUGGCAUGGAGCGCCAUCUGAAGAGUGUCGAGGAGGAGACAAAGAAGAUCUACAACUGCUUCUUCAUUGAUGGAAAGGCCUCGCGGGGCAAGAAAACACCGAACCUUGAUAUAAGAAAGGGUCCAGAGGGUGAAGACGGCAGUCCGCAGGUCAUGCAUCAGAUUCAAGAUCAGGUCUCCAAGGAUCUCGGGUUCCCCUGGCACCAGAUCGACCCGAAGCAGCUGAAGAAAUGGGAAGAUCAGGGGUUCGCCAAGGUGGACACGGGUAAAUGGUGGUAUCGGCCGAAUCAAGUUGAGCGCUAUCGCUUCAUGAAGAUGCUAGAGGGGCUUCACUCCGGAAGGAUCUAUAGCCGUAAAGUGGAUUCAGAUCCUAGGGUGUCUUAUCUCUCAGGAUGUAAUAGUACUUCAAUUCCAGUAUAG